AAAUAAACAAAUGAAAUUAAUUAAAAAAAAAAAGAGUUGAGUGGAAAUAAACCAACAAAAAUUGAAAGCUCGGAACCAGGUAGACCAGCUGUGCCUGUCGGCGAAUAACCAAGCACACCCAUUAGCACCCUCCUCUCUCUCUCUCUCUCUCUCUCUCUCUCUCUUCAAACUCCUCAAUUCAAUUUGUGACAGUUAGAGAGAGAGUGCGUGUGAGUGUGUCCUCAAAGUUUUCAAUUCAGUUAUGACAUAGUUAGAGACAGGUUGUGUGUAUGUGUUUGUGUUGUACUUUGUUUUUUUCCUUCAACUUGGGAACAAAGGUUGAGACUUUCAACCAUUUUCUUUUUCAAAUCCUAUGAAAAAGCAUCAUGGGUAUGCUAUUGUUGCCCGUUGGUGUUGUUGUCAUGGGACUAGUGAGGGUCAAUGGAAUGAGCCUGUAGCAGAGUGUAGAGAACGAUGAGAAGAAACGCACACACGGUGUUUGGGUUGCAGACGGUUGUAAUCUAUUAAGGAAGCAAUGUAGAGCAGUUUUAUUGUAACACUGGGUGGAGAAGAACAGUGGCUAGGAAUACAUGAGUAUUUGAGGCUUUGAAAAUGAUUUCAUGUGGAAAGUGAGGAAUGGUGUCGCGUGAGAUUGGUUGCUAGUUAUUGGUUUCUGUUGGUUUUCUUUAUCAUAUUUGUGUUGUUUUGGGAUUUGGGGAAUUAAGUUUUAGUGGAUCGAGAGCAAUGGAGUCUCGGAUGGAUCAGUAUGAGAUCAUGGAGCAGAUCGGGCGAGGAGCCUUUGGAGCUGCUAUUCUUGUUCACCACAAGGCUGAGAAGAAGAAAUAUGUGUUGAAAAAAAUCAGGCUUGCAAGGCAGACUGAACGAUGCAGAAGAUCUGCUCAUCAAGAAAUGGCUCUUAUUGCUCGAAUCCAGCAUCCUUACAUUGUGGAAUUCAAGGAGGCAUGGGUUGAGAAGGGUUGCUAUGUCUGCAUUGUCACUGGGUAUUGUGAAGGUGGAGACAUGGCUGAAUUGAUGAAAAAAUUAAAUGGUGCUUACUUUCCUGAGGAGAAACUCUGCAAAUGGUUCACUCAAUUACUGUUGGCAGUGGAAUACCUGCAUUCAAAUUUUGUUUUGCAUCGUGACCUGAAGUGUUCCAACAUCUUUCUUACCAAGGAUCAGGAUGUUCGCCUAGGGGAUUUUGGCCUUGCUAAGACACUAAAAGCAGAUGAUUUGGCUUCCUCGGUGGUAGGAACUCCUAAUUACAUGUGUCCUGAACUGCUUGCUGAUAUACCGUAUGGAUUCAAAUCUGAUAUUUGGUCACUAGGGUGUUGUAUAUACGAGAUGGCUGCUCAUCGCCCUGCUUUUAAAGCUUUUGAUAUGGCAGGGUUGAUAAGCAAGAUAAACCGUUCUUCCAUUGGCCCUUUGCCUCCAUGUUAUUCCCCUUCCUUGAAAACACUGAUAAAGGGCAUGCUAAGAAAAAAUCCUGAACAUCGACCAACAGCAUCUGAGGUGUUAAAGCACCCUUAUUUACAGCCUUAUGUGGAUCAAUACCGUCCAGCUUUCAGUCCUCCAUCAACCUGUUCUCCUGAAAAAUCAAUUUCUACUGUCAACUAUCCUCGGAAAAAUAUGGCUGAAAGUCAAAACAGUAAUAGUUCCAACAGUGACAAAGAUAGUUUGAUGUCAAAUGAGAAAAGCAUUGCAACAGCAGUACCAAAGUGUGAGAACAAAGCCACUGAGAUGGAUCAAACAUCACUCGAUGAUGAUGGUUCAGAGGAAGAAAGUGGCUCUAGAAAUGCCAAUGGCAAUACCAAAACAGCUGAGCAAGAGGCGAUGAAACCAUCUCAUAAUGCACACCAUUCUCCCGUUGAAUCUAAGCAGCCAAAAACAAUUAGAAAUAUAAUGAUGGCAUUGAAAGAAGGAAAGGUUAGAGAAGCAACUUCUCCAAUGAGAGGCAAUCGUGUAAAGCCUGGUGGUGUAUCAACUCAGAAAAUAAGUACUGAGACAUUGUCUAAAUUGCCUAAGCCUAUUUUUAUUGCUCCUAUUGUGAAACCUAUGGUAGAGUCACCAACUGUUGCACUUGCACGGGCAACCCCUGACUCUGCAAAAAGAAUGCAGGGGUCACAUCAAUCAAAGCAACAGUUUCUGAUGGUAGAAGCCUCACCAAAACUUAAAGCUAGACAUGAUUUGACUCCACCACCUGCAGUUGUCAAACAAGUAGAUGGAGAUGUUCCUCCCAGGCCAAGACAAAGGACUCCCCCAAGCUUACUUAGAAGACCUUCAUUUUCUGGAAGGAUGAGGCUGGUUGGAAUUGAUGUUUCAAAUGCAGCAAAUGAUACUGGAAAGCUAGGCACAGAUAAAAUAGUUCAGGAACAUGAGAUGAGCCCUUCUCAGUUGGCUGACGACAAUGUACCACCAAGUAUUUCGAGACAGGUUACUAGAGAGCCCCUGAAGGUUUUUGAAAGAAGUUCAAGAGGAAUGCAAACAGAUAGCAGCAAUUCUGCUUCGUCUUCGGUUUCUAUCCGAGGUGAACUUGCCGAUGAUGCCACAACUUUUAUUGACAUGAAAGAACAGAUGCUUCCUGGACAUUCGAAUGUAAGCCACAUUGGAGGUGUGGAAUCAUGUCCUGACAGCAGCCCUCUGACUACUUGUGCACAUUGUAAGGUGGUUGAAAAUGUUCCUGAAGAUUCAUGUGAGAUUGCCAUGAAUUUUCAAAAUACUAUAAGCAGUAAUGAGAAAGUGAGUUCCAGUUUAAGUCAAGAUCACCAUGUUGAAGAUUCUAAGGUAGCACUGGCUUCAGAAAGGGGUCUUCUUAAAUCCCAGCCAACUAUGUCUACUACUACUUCUGGCUGUGAUGAUGGAUCUGUUGAUCCCUCUGCUGGAGCCACCAAUGAAAUCAAAGAUUUUCAAGAUAUUACCAAGGAAAUGCCUUUGGCCAAGUCUACGAAACACGCAUCCCCAAGUUCUGGAGAAAAGUCUGUUCACACAGAAGUUAGUCCAGAAAGUGAACCCGAACUCCUUAUUCAGCCAGCACUUGGAUGUAAGUCCCCUGGUGAUGACAAAUUCACAGUGAGAGAGAGACUGUCACCUGUCGUUGAAACUGUUCCUCUGGUUACCCCUACUAAAUUAUCAAGCCAGAAAGUUUUGCAAGAGAAAGGAACUGUGCUGCAGAGUCCAGCACCAGAAAGGCCUGAUACUGGCCAUCUUCCUCCAGCUUUUGAUGAUGUUAUCCAUGUCAUACGUCAUAGUAGUUACCGCGUUGGCAGUGAUCAGCCAGUGAAGGAAUCUGUGGAGAUGGGAGUUCAAAAUGUAGAUGUUGGUAAGUUUAUCAAUGUUGUGAGGGAUGAUUUAGAAAUGAGGAACAUAACGUCACCUUUGACUCUCAAAUCUUCAAGUUGCUCUGAUGUUACAAGCUUGAAAUCUGACCAGUUGGAAAUGAAAAACUUAAACACUCCUCCUAUCCUUAAAUCUUCAAGUUUCUCAGAAUCAAGCAAUUCUGAUCAUCCUGGUCUUAAGGAGCAAGAUGUGAGUAACCCUCCUCCACUAGUUUCAGAACCUGAAUCUACUGAGCUCAGUAAAAGUAACACUCCUGGGAAUGAAGAGAAACCACCAGCAAAGGAAACAUUGGAUGUGAAAUCUUUCAGACAGAGAGCAGAGGCACUUGAAGAGCUCUUGGAGUUGUCUGCAGAGUUGCUGCAGCAAAACAGAUUGGAGGAACUUCAAGUUGUUCUGAAGCCUUUUGGGAAAGAUAAGGUCUCCCCAAGGGAGACAGCCAUAUGGUUAGCCAAGAGUCUCAAAGGAAUGAUGUCUGAGGAAAGUGGGGGACGCUCUUCAUAAGGUAUCUCAAUUAGUGAAUUCUUAUGCGAUAAAUUCACUUGUAUUUCAUGUUUAAAAUUUGCUCUUAAAGUUAGUCCAUAGCUAUUCAAGCACCACUUGAAUCCAUAAGAGAACAAAUUGUCUGUCCCUUCUUCCAUUAUUGUAAUUCUUUCAGUGCUUUUAUGCUAUUGUAAAUAGUGACCAUACAAAUUAAUAACAUCAACUUACGAUUAAAUUGUUACUUAUUAAUGUA